AUGUUCGGCGCGUUCCGCCCCUCGAGCGUGUCCCUUGGUGGCCUUCUGUGGAAGAGCCCCUACCGCCUCUCGCCUACCCGCAAGGCCAACCUCCGCAAGCGUCUGCGCCGUGUGGACGACGUUAUUGCCGCUGUCGCCGAGUCCGGCGUCGAGCUCAAGAGCCUUAACAAGGCCCUGGCCCUGCCAAAGGAGAACGAGAUGAAGCCAAGGGACAAGUACACCACCUUCGACCCCAAGGCUUCAGCGCGUAACUACCGCAAGAGUGUGCACUUUGUUCCCAAGUGGACCAAGUUGACAUUACGCGAGAACCCCAAGGGUUUCUAG